CGUCUGUUUCCAAUUCUUACCCGUCAUGUACGUACCGCCAAACCUUGAAUGAGCAAGGCAAGGUACGGUGCCGAGUGGGGGAUACCAAUCAUGACAGCAGCUGGGGGCGCGCUCAAGGUCGAAGUCGGACGAGACAGCCGGAACAAGCCUCUCUUGUCUUGAGGCUUGUUACCGCACUUGGGUGUGUCAAUGUCGUAUGGUGGACGAAAUGCCACUGUCGUCAACGAUUCGGGCGUCCAUCGUCUUUCUCAGAACUCCUCCCAUCCUGCUCCUUCUCCCCUCUACUUUGUACCAAGCUCUCGUCUGUCUGUCCGCAAAGGUCAUCUCUUGUGUGUACGUGGCAUUGCCCAUCAAGGGGCCUUCCCUGGCGGGAACCGCUGGUUGCGAGGCGCCAUGGGUGGGUGUGGACAAGGAUGUGAUGGCUGCAUGGCCUUCGAUCUUUAAUAGCUCCGGGGACUUCUUCAGGCCCCCCUGCCACCGCCUGUCUGUGACCACUCACUGCUGGCCAGUCACACCGGCACAUCAGGCCAAGCCGAAUGGGACCUCAUUUUGUGGUCAAACCCCAUCCCGUCAACGUUGGCCGACGUUUUGUUGUUCGGAAACACCCCUGGGAAUGGCAGCACGCUCUCACAGAGAUCACCCUGGCACCCUGGCACAGACUCAAACGAUGCCUAUUCGUAGUAUAUCCGUACUGGCGCUUGUGCUGUUUAUCGCCCGUUGUCAUUUGCUUGGUUUUCGGAUUUUAUGCUUCAAUGGCGACAUGUGUCCCAGCGCAAUGCCGCCGCAGCGUCUGGGGUAGGUAUUGAGAUGACGAGAGAAGGGGUAUGUCGGACUUGAGCCGCCAGCCGCGGACUGGGCUUCGGGGAAGCUGACAUUCGUUGCAACGAUGACAAGCGAUCGAUUCGUUGGAAGUUGGGUGGCGACGAUUACCGCAGAUUGACAGUUCGUUUCCUCUCUGACAUUCAGUGAUGCCAUAGCGAACGCAACGGCGUCUCUCUCCUAGCCGAGAAAGCCUAGUCAAGCAAACGAGCGAUCUGGCACUUUUCUUGGUUGUCUUAGGGCAGCCCGUCCGAGGUUUGCGGCACCGUCCGAAGGCGUCCAGGGGGCCCUUUUCUCGAGUCAGUCUUGGCCGCCUGGGCACUGUGGCGCUCUCCCCAAAGCUAGCCACAGCUUGCGCUGGGGAAAGGCAUGUCUGCC